UUCUAUUACUUUGGUAUUAUCUCUCGAUUAUGCGCCAGGAGUAAUCCUGUUCAUCGUACAGAAUCAGUAUAUUGGGCCAACCGAAAUCGAGGUUUGCAUUCGUGGUCAUUGACAGCAGUCAUGAAGUUACUGCUCAUUCUGGUCGUGGCUUCUGUCGGCUUUGCAAUUGCGGACGACGAUGCCGAGGAGAAGGUGUGGACUGAAGAUGAAGUGGAGGCUCUUAAGGCCAGUGUGACUAGUGACGUGUAUGCAACUGUCCCCGAAUUGAUUGCCCAAAACGGGUACACGGCCGAGAUCCACUACGUGACGACCGAGGAUGGCUACAUUCUGCAAAUGCACCGUAUCCCUGCAACUCCUACGAGCCCCGCAUCCGAUGACAAACCUGUCGUGUUACUCAUGCACGCAUUGCUGGGUAGUGCUGCUGAUUGGGUGAUCAUGGGACCUGAAAAAGGUUUCGCUUACAUCUUAGCCGAUGCCGGAUACGACGUGUGGUUGGGCAAUGCGAGAGGAACUAAAUACUCCAGAAAUCACACUACCUUGACAGACUUUACUGGCCCAGACUUCUGGUACUUUGACUGGCAUGAAAUUGGUUAUUACGAUCAGCCCGCCAUGAUAGAUUACGCUCUUGAAGUGACGGGUCAGGAGAAAGUGAUAUUCAUAGGUCACAGUCAAGGCACAACAACGUUCUACGUCAUGGCCUCUUUGCGGCCCGAAUACAAUGACAAGAUUAAAGUCAUGUUCUCUCUAGCACCUAUUGCUUAUGUGUCACAUUGCAAAAGUGUGUUGUUGCAAUUUGUUGACCAAUUCGAAUAUGGAUUGUCGCAUCUCCUCAAACUCAUCGGUGCGUACGAGUUCUUACCAAACGGCAGUUUCCUUACGAAAAUUGGGUCAGUUUACUGCAACGAAGACGCUCUAACGCGAUACCUUUGCAGUAACGUCCUAUUCUUGAUUACCGGGUUCGACAUAAGUAACUUGAACCAAACCAUGCUGUCAGCUAUCUUUGGACACACCCCAGCUGGAGCCUCAACUCGCCAAAUUCUUCACUACGCUCAACUUAUUCGAUCUGGCAAGUUUGGGUAUUACGACCAGGAUUGGAUAUCGAAUUUGUUCAACUACGGGUCCAUCGAGGCACCGGACUACAAUCUCACCGCGGUGACUGCUCCUGUUCACGUGUUCUACAGUACCAAUGACUAUUUUUCUGCUGUAGAAGAUGUUGAGAAGCACUACACUGAGCUUGGAAACCCAAUUGAGAUGUACCGAGUGCCUUAUAAGAAGUGGAAUCACGUUGAUUACCUCUGGGGUAUCACUGCCAAGGAAUUCGUUUAUGAUCCUGUCAUUUCUAGGAUAAAAGCAAACUACAGUGACUAAUUGUACGACGAAUCACCUAAUUUUUUUCAAUAACUGUACCACCAAUCGAGAACUUUAUCAUAACAAUAUGUACUUGAUUAAUACAGA